ACUAAUACCAUCGCCAGCCUAGGAAGGAAGGAAGGAGAAAGAUAGCCAGCCGCCGUCAUGACGACCGCUCUCGCCCAACUCCCCUCGUCUGCAAAAAGACUUGAAGGGAAGGUUGCAGUGAUCACCGGCGGGGCCAGCGGCAUCGGAGAGUCCACCGCCAAACUGUUCGUCCGCUACGGCGCCCGAGUCGUCAUCGCGGACAUCCAAGACGACAAAGGCCGCGCCCUCUGCGACCUUCUCGGCACCGCCGAUGCCUGCUACGUGCACUGCGACGUCACCGACGAGUCCGACAUGAGGAACGCCGUCGACACCGCCGUCGCCCGUUUCGGGAAGCUCGACAUCAUGUUCAGUAACGCAGGCACCUUGCGGGAGUUCGGGAAGGGCCUCGCCGACAGCGACAAGGCGGAGUUCGAGCGGGUGAUGGCGGUCAACGUGGUGGGGGCGUUCCUGGCGACGAAGCACGCGGCGCGGGUGAUGGCGCCGGCUCGCCGGGGGAGCAUCGUGAUCACGGGGAGCACAGCGUCGGUGCUGGGCGGGGUGGUGCCGCUCUCGUACGUCUGCUCGAAGCACGCGGUGGUGGGGCUGAUGAAGAGCGCGGCGGCGGAGCUGGGGGCGCACGGGGUGCGGGUGAACUGCGUGUCACCGCACGGGGUGAUGACUCCGCUGAUGAUGGGCGUGAUGGGGAUGGAUGAGGCGGCGACGGAGGCGUUUGUGGAGAGGUCGGCCAACCUCAAGGGGGUGAAGGCGACGGCGGAGGAUGUGGCGGAGGCGGUGGCGUACUUGGGAGGCGACGAGUCGAGGUACGUGAGCGGCGCCAACCUGAUGGUGGACGGAGGCUACAGUGUUACCAAGGGAUGAGCUUACAGUAGCCACAAAACUAUUCCAAAAAAAUAAUCACCACAAAAGAAAAUAAAACAUUUCGGAAAUAAACAUAAAAUUAAAAAGCAAGAAUGCAUGAACUACUAUUUAUUUCUCAUGU